AGUCAUGAAUUGUAGAGAAAUCUUUCUCCUUGAGGCAGCUGUCCAGACUGAUGUAACACAGAGAAGAACUGAUAGAACCAAGCAGGAUGUUCGGACUUGAUGUCUCUUCAUACUCAUACUCAUACUCAUACUGUUGCCCUUCCUAUUUCUGCCCAAUUCUUACCCACUACGUUACCCCUUCUUGUUUCUCCGUCUUGCUACAUUUCUGACAGUUGUGACUUAGCUAAGUAGUAAACGCAAGCUAUCACUCCUUUUUGCAACUCCUAACAUUCUGGAUACGAAUAACACAAGAUAAAUAAAACAAAACAGGUAAAACUGGAUGUGGCUCAGUCAGUUCUCAACUAGGAAGAACCAAUAUUCGUCCUAGACAAAAUAAGACAGAAAAGUUGGACUCAGAAAUAAUGACCACAAAAGAAAUCCCAGUGGCAGGCACGACAUCCUGAAGUAAAUCCAUCAGAAUGACACCUUCUCAGGUUACCUUUGAAAUAAGAGGAACUCUUUUACCAGGAGAAGUUUUUGCAAUAUGUGGAAGCUGUGAGGCUUUGGGAAACUGGAAUCCUCAAAAUGCGGUGGCUCUUCUUCCAGAGAAUGAGACAGGUGAAAGCAUGUUAUGGAAAGCAACCAUUGUACUCAGUAGAGGAGUAUCAGUUCAGUAUCGCUACUUCAAAGGGUGCUUUUUAGAACCAAAGACUAUCGGUGGUCCAUGUCAAGUCAUAGUUCACAAGUGGGAGACUCAUCUACAACCACGAGCAAUAACCCCUUUAGAAAGUGAAAUUAUUAUUGACGAUGGACAAUUUGGAAUCCACAAUGGUGUUGAGACUCUGGAUUCUGGAUGGUUGACGUGUCAGACUGAAAUAAGAUUACGUUUGCAUUAUUCUGAAAAGCCACCUGUCUCAAUAACCAAGAAAAAAUUUAAAAAGUCUAGAUUUAGGGUGAAGCUGACACUAGAGGGUCUGGAGGAAGAUGACGAUGAUAGGGUAUCUCCCACUGUUCUUCACAAAAUGUCCAAUAGCCUGGAGAUAGCCUUAAUAAGCGACAAUGAGUUCAAGUGCAGGCACUCCCAGCCCGAGUGUGGGUACGGGUUACAGCCUGAUCGCUGGACAGAGUACAGUAUACAGACAAUGGAACCAGAUAACCUGGAACUAAUCUUUGAUUUUUUUGAGGAAGAUCUCAGUGAACACGUGGUUCAGGGAGAUGCUUUUCCUGGGCACGUGGGUACAGCGUGCCUCCUGUCGUCUACCAUCGCAGAGAGCGGGAAGAGCGCCGGGAUCCUUACUCUUCCCAUCAUGAGCAGAAAUUCCAGAAAAACCAUAGGCAGAGUGAGAGUUGACUAUAUAAUUAUUAAGCCAUUACCAGGAUACAGUUGUGACAUGAAAUCUUCAUUUUCCAAAUAUUGGAAGCCAAGAAUACCAUUGGAUGUUGGCCAUCGAGGUGCAGGGAAUUCUACAACAACAGCUCAGCUUGCUAAAGUUCAAGAAAAUACUAUUGCUUCUUUAAGAAAUGCGGCUAGUCAUGGUGCAGCCUUUGUGGAAUUUGAUGUACAUCUUUCAAAAGAUUUUGUGCCUGUGGUGUAUCAUGAUCUCACCUGUUGUUUGACUAUGAAAAAGAAAUUUGAUGCUGAUCCAGUUGAAUUAUUUGAAAUUCCAGUAAAAGAGUUAACGUUUGACCAACUCCAGUUGUUAAAGCUCGCUCAUGUGACUGCACUGAAAUCUAAAGAUCUGAAAGAAUCUGUGGUCGAGGAAGAAAGUUCCUUUUCUGAAAACCAGCCGUUUCCUUCUCUUAAGAUGGUUUUAGAGUCUUUGCCAGAAGAUGUAGGAUUUAAUAUAGAAAUAAAAUGGAUCUGCCAACAAAGGGGGAUAAAUGCACAUACUGAAGACCUGCUCAGAAACCCAUCCUACGUUCAAGAGGCAAAAGCUAAGGGGCUAGUUAUAUUCUGCUGGGGUGAUGAUACCAACGACCCCGAAAACAGAAAGAAAUUGAAGGAAUUUGGAGUUAAUGGUCUGAUUUAUGAUAGGAUCUAUGAUUGGAUGCCUGAACAGCCAAAUAUAUUCCAAGUGGAGCAGUUGGAACGUCUGAAGCAAGAAUUGCCAGAGCUUAAGAGCUGUUUGUGUCCCACUGUUAGCCGCUUUGUUCCCUCGUCUUUGUGCGGGGAGCCUGACAUCCACGUGGGUGCCAACGGCAUCAACAGUGUGCAGAGCGCUUAGUGUUUUAUCGCGUCAGAUCGCGUGGGGCUCCGCGCCGCUGUUCUGGGUAUUCGCUGUGCAUCACGGAGCAUUGUUUCUCUCUGCCUUUUAGGUUUGCAGUCCAAUGAAGCAAUAAUGUAAUAUCUUACUAUUUCACUACAGUUCUUGCUAGAAUUUCAAGUAUGCUAUUUAAAUCACUUGGCCAGGUAUAAUUACCAGUCUCUUUACAAGGAGAAAAUUUACUGGUUGGUAAAUAUUUUAAAUUAAGUAUGUAAAAAUGUAUAAUGUUAAACAAAUGUUCCUUAAAAAUAUAGUACUUUGAAAUGAACUAUUUAAGUAUGUCGUAUUUACAUUUACUACAAGUUUUCAUUUGAUCAGGUCUAAAAUAUUUAGCACUCGGAACAUGACUGCAUAAUUAUACCUGACCAUGGGAAAAAUAAGUACCUCAAAUGCAUGUAUUUGCACUGGUGGUUCCAGCUGCACAGACCUUUGUGCCAUUUGUGUACAUAUGUAUUUUCUACGUGGAUUGACCUGCACACGUGUACCAUGUUCAUUCGGUGUGAACCUGAGGCUGCUGCCGUUUCCCCACUUUAACCAAACCAAUGCCUGUGUGAACAGCCUGGAGGUGAUCCUUGAAAACUUGUUUCAUGAAUCUUUCAUAAGUUGUUUUGCAUAAAUAUUAAAAUUUCAAAAUGCUGCAGGGUAAUUUAAUGUACAAAAUAUUAGCAGUAGUAUGGGUUGCACACUUAGUACAAUAGAUCAUAAUGUAUAAAUUCUCGUCAAUGCAUGCUUUAGGUUUUAAGCAUGAGAUUGUACACGUUUACUGUAAGUCCUUGCAUCUGUGGUGCUAGGUGAGUGUGAGAGGGUGUCAAGGACUGAAAAAUACUUUGUUGCCUAAAAGAAAGAAAGAAAAAAGCCUCUUUGUAGGCAUCUUAAACAUGCUUACGUGUCUCUCACUACCUAUUACACACCGUUGCUUUAUGGGUUUGUUUUGUCUGUGUGUGUGAUUCGGUAGUUAAAUCUCCAAGCAGAAAAACAAAUGUCCUGAAUUCUCAUAUUGAUACUCUUUAUUGGUUAAUGUAUAUCAUGCAUGUAAUUUAUUUAGAAAUGUAGAAGAUUUGUACGCAUGUUACUAGGAUUAUACAAAGGAUUUUUUCAUUAGAAGCAGAUUGUUUUGACAUAACUGUAACUUAAGGAUGAAUGUUAAAUAAAAUAUACAGAAUUAUUUUCUUCAUUAUAAAAUGAGAUUUUAAGAAAGUGUUACUUUUGCAGAAUUGGCUCUGUGGCAUUACUGUGAGAAAUUGGAGUUGUGUCCACCCUGAACGGGACAGCUUGGUCGAAUCUACCUUGUGCUGCGCGUUAGUCACUAGGUGGUGUUUUCACGUACUGGCAUAUUUUGGCAGUAGCUGAGAACUGAAAACUUGGCUUAUAUGUGGUAUCUUUUAUUUUUUAGGCCAAGCAAUGCAGUUUUGGUCAGACCUUAAUUGUGUGAUGACGAUCGGCUGUAAAACCCUCGGGUAUUGUGUUUGUACCGCUGAUACUUGACAGAGAACAGUUUAGGAAAUAGAGUCUUCCGCAGGCGUUCUGUGUAUGUUUCUUCUGUUGAAUGAAUUUUUCCACCAUUUGAUGUGGAAAUUCACUUGAUGUGAAUUAGACACUUUUAGAAAAUUACUGAAAAAGAAUUAGCUUUCUUGAUCUGCAGACCUUUGUACAAUACAAUUAACCAUUACCUUAUGAUAACUUGAUUAGCCGUACGUGUGUAUUUCUAGUCUGUCUGUCUGCUCCUUCCUCCCCUCUGCCUUUCCAGUUCGAGCUCCAUUUUGAAGACUCGCAGGUCAUGAAGGAAAAGAAGAGAGGAGGAGGAAAGGAAGUGAUGGGGUGGGGUGGGGGGUCAGUUUGCUGGACAGUGUGAUUUGCUGAGAAGAGCUUACAGUGACUGCUCAUGGCAUGGGCAGAACCUCACUGCUCACUUUCUUUCCUGUCUCUUCCCAACCUUAUAAACACCAGGGUUAGUAGAUGAUUAACGCAUAGCAAGCAGUGGCUCCCUGUCUCCAUAGGACUUAGUCCAGGCUUCCGUAUCCCUAGCUGUCGCCCGGUACGCUCUGCUCCAGCUACGCCGCACCUGCACUAGGCCCUGGCCUCGCCGAAUUCCUUACUCCUCCCUGUCGUAGCCAGGUGCCCUCUGCCCGGAAGCCUUCUCCUCCCCAGACACUCUCUGCCAAACUCAUUUCUCCUUAAGCCAUCGAUGGACCUCUCUCCGCUGCAGAACUUAGAAGGGAUGAAUCCGCCUUUUUUACUCCACAGUCGAUGCUCAUUCCUUGAUCACGCCGUGGAUCGCGGCGCAUUCUCAGUAGACACAGUUGUUUGCCUCAACGGGCUACUGGCUCUUCAAGGGCAGGGACCUUGUCUUACAAAUUUUUAUUUCCACAGUGCAUGGAAUAGUAGAAAGUAAGCACUGGGAUCGUUGGGAUAGUAUAAUUUGUAUCAAAUGUCCUUUUGAAUCAAGAGGUUUAGUCAUCUUUACGAAGAAUGUACAUUUUGAAUUGGUUUACAUUUUGACUGUUGGAACAGUAUGUUGAUGUCAGUUUUAAAUGUAGAGUUAUAAUGUUAAAUUAUUUUAUAUUUUCUGGAAAUUGAAAAGUUUGCUAAAAUGCCGCCAUUGUUCUUUGGUAUUUUCCACUCUGGAAUCAUGUACUGUAACUGGAUGUAAAUGUGAGGAACUGCUGCGCCCUGUGUCAGCGGUGCCUCAGGGCUGCCACCGCCGCCCGUUUACCUCACUCCCAUUCUCCUGAGACGCUCAUCUGUCUGCUCCCCGAACCCCGCGCUUAGGCCUACCUCAGUCCCCCCUCCCCUGUCCUCCUUCAGUGUGCAGCUCAGGGGCCACCUCCUCCGAAACACUCCUCAGCUUUUGAUCAGAAUCGUGAUGCAGACAAAUGCAGACAGCCUCUAAAUCUCACUGCUGUAUUUGGCAGCUGCGGUAACGCACCCAGACAAGUUAACUGACUUACCAGGUUGGGGCUAGAACUGGGCUUUGCGACUCCUUAUCCCGAGUCCUUAAACGGCGCUGCCUUCUGAGUUCUCGUGGCAUUUAUUAGCUGUGCUUUCUUACGGUCCCACUUUUUAUGUGCCUGUUCUUUCUCCCUGAUAAGAUUGUAAGCCCCUUAAGGGCAAGGACUUCUUUGCAUUUCCAGCACUACCAUAGUUUUCUAUCCUUAGGUAUGAACUAGAUAAAUAAAUGGUGGUGGCUACAACCUAGUUUCCUA